AGAUAUUUGUUGCAUUUUAUACUACACAUUUAUUCCUUCAACAAAUCGUAAUGAAAUUAUUUUCUUUAGUCUUCUCUUCAACGGUCGUAUUUAUGAUUAUCCAUAAUGGUAUGAUUACUAUGUACACGUCUGAAGACACGCUCUCGCACGACGCAAUUCAAAUAUCUGCCACAUGAUUACUUUUUUAGUCGCGCGAUCUAAUAUAAUUUCCUAUUCACUACUACGCCAGAUCACGAUCAUUAUAUGUCGAUGAGUAAAGCCACGUCAAGUGAUAACUCAUCGAUGAAGAGAGUCACGUUAGAUGAUAAGAAUCUAUGCGAAAAAUGUAAUAGCACAAAAAAGACAGUAGAAAAUUUUUUUCAUUGUAAACAUAAGUUUUGCAUAGACUGUAUAAGGACAUUCAGAAUAAAUGCAUAUGAGUGUUAUAUAGAUGCGUGGGAAAUAUAUCGAUGUGAAACAAAUCAGUCUGAAAAAAAUCAAUGUGUAAUAAAUCAAUGUGAAAUAAAAAAUUGUCAAUCAAAAUUACCCAUAGGGAAAUGCCUAAAAUGUAAUCAAGAUAAGCCAGUAGAUACAUUGUUUCAUUGCAAACAUAAGUUUUGUGAAGAUUGUAUAAAGUGUUUACUAAAGACAAAAACUUAUAAUUGUCCAAUAAAGAAAUGUAACGCAGAAGAACACACAGGAAUGAGAUUAAUACUAUGUAAAUACUGUUUCAAAUAUACAUUAAAAAUAAGACAGUUUAGUGGGUGUUUACAUGAGUUUUGUUUUGAUUGCGGUGAAAAUUACUUAAGGGGAAGAAUAAAAUGUCGAGUAUGUGCACAAAAUCAAAGAGAUAAUGAAAACAUUGUAGCAGAAAAAAAAAAUAAAAUGUAUAAAGAAAGGCUAACAACCACUAAAAAUAAUCAUAAAAAGAAAUAAAUUGUCAACAUUUUGAAAACCAUCAGUGCAAAAUAAUAAGAUAUUAAAUAUUAUAUAGAUAAAUAUUAUUUAUAUCGACUACAACCGCAACACUUCUCUAAAACAAAUAAAAAAAAAAAACCAAGAAGUCCUCAAAUUCCACAAAAAAAAAUUACAUUCUUGUAACUAAAAUAUUAUUUAAUUUUAUAAACUACCAAUUAUAAUCUGAAUGUACAUUUUCUUUUAAAUUUUAAGAAUAAUAUUUUAUAAUUUAUUAUAAGUAAUAGUAUUGCAGAAAAAAGUUUUAUAUUUAAAAAUAUAAUAUAUGAAUAAAUACUAAUUAUAGUAUUUAAA